AAGCCUUACGGUCUAAUUCUCGGCGCAGUUCAUCACAGCAUUCCAAGAUGAACACUAAGCUUGUUUUAUUAUUCGCUUUCGCGAGUGUUGUGUCGAGUAACGAUCUAACGAUCGGAUCGGAUACGGAAGGAAGAAAAAUAUUCGAUGAAAUAAGACAAGCGAAUCCGGCUAUAUGGAGGCAAAUCGAAAAUGUCACCAUCAUUGCACCGAGCGACGAAGUUAUAAGCAGAGUCGUGGUCACAGAUAUGAGGCCAGAAAAAGAUGGCGAUGUACAAAUUGUGGCCGGCGGUGAAAGAAAAAAUAAUGUCACCAUUGAACUCAAAAGUCCAACGGUUUUGAGAGGUUACGAAUUUCAUCUUGAAGUGUACAGUGUUCCUGAGACAAAAUUAACUGACGCUGAAGAAAAUAUAUCUGAGCCUACGUUGACCACAGAUCAAUCAAGCGUACCUGAAAAUAGUGAAGCGUCACAAGACACAGAUGGAAGUGGUGACAAUAUUGAAACAUCUGAAAUGCCUGACUACGUAGAAAAAACAACUGAAACAGCUGAAAGUUCGACUAACAAUGGCAUUCCUUCAUUAGUUGGAAGAGUAGACGGGGAUAUUCUAAGACCAGCUCGUGAAACGUACGAUGAUAAUAAUAAUCCCAAAACACCCGUAUCCGAAGGCUCUUCAAACCUACACCCUUCUGUAGUUGCAGGUGACUCUGAUGUAACGACUACUGAAAAUGUCAAAAUUGGAAUGGAUUUAAGUGAUGAAGCGACCAGUGAGUCAGAAAUGGCACCGAAAAUUUACGAAAACGAAAAAGUUACUGAUGCACCUGAAUCUUUUGAUAAUAGUAAAAACAUACCCGAUUAUCCUGCAUUAAGCAUCUUAGAUUACAUUAAAAGUAAAGAAGGAGCGAGAAGUAUUCGUUACACACAGGUUGAAACAAGCGAGACUAGUCAAGACGGUACCACAACAGAGAGCAAUAUACAAAGUACACAAAGUGUAGAUAUGUCCUAUACAUCAUUACCAGCAGCAGAGCCCAGUGGCUCUCGUAAUGAGGACGACACUGUCGAUUUAGUUCCUCCCGUAGAAACUGAUUAUAAUACUGAUUUUUCCUCAAAUGAUGAAAAUACGGAAAAACCUAUAGAAAAUUCUACAACUUUGAACAGACCUCGGGCAGGCCGUGGCUUAGACACCGAUAAUAUACAAGAACAGGCCUUUGCAACUGAAAUUCCCAUAGAAAUUACUACGACAGAUAACGAAAACUCUGAAAGUAGUACAACAAAAGUGCCAAUUGAUGAUCAGUUAAGGAAUACUCGAGACGCAAGAAAAGACCUAGAAGAUAAUGAGUCUAAUGAUCUUAACUCUUCACUUUAUCCUACUCAAACCGAAACGCCUUUAUGUAACAUACUCAAUAACGGCGAUAAACAGGCAAAUGCUCUCAAUCCUAACGUCUUAAUACUCAAUGGCGAUCAACUAACUCUGACACCAGAUAAUUAUAAAUUACAAUUUGGAAUUCCAAUCGUUCUAAUUAUCGGUAGCAACACCAAUAUUCCUACGAUUAAAAUAAUUGCAGAGAGCGUGAGUGAUGAAAAUAAAGUCGACAUUCAACCAUUACAAGGCUCAGUAGAAGAAAACUUACCUGAAGAGAAAUCAAAUGACUACCCUCAAGACAAAGAGAUUCAAGAAGACGAUUUUGUUCCAAAUCCUGUGACGAAUGACAAUUUCGUUCCAAACCCUGUGAUGAAUUACAAUUAAGAUAGUAUUGUGUAAUUAUUUAUUAUAUGUUUUGAGUAUUUUGUAA